CCCUGUCAGACACACCCUCACUCUCUGGCGGGUUAGGGAGCUGAGCUUCUGCUCGUAGGGGGAGGGAGAGGCCGCCGCCGCCCCUGGGGCAGGACCGAGAGCGAGGCGAGCCGGCCAGCCUGGGAGCCAAGGAGCGAAGGCGAGGAGGAGGAGCAGUGGCAAGGAGGGAGGAGCCGCGGGAGCCGCGCCGCCGCUGAGCUGCGAUGUGGCCGGCCGGGCGGCGGGUAAACAGAACGAGCAGCAGCGGCCGCGUUCGCCCCGGCCCAGGACACUGAGUCCGUCUGUCCGUCCGCCCGCCCACCCGCUCGCCGCCGCCGCCGCCGGUGCCAUGGCCGAAGUGCGCAAAUUCACCAAGCGGCUCAGCAAGCCCGGCACGGCAGCCGAGCUCCGCCAGAGCGUGUCAGAGGCCGUGCGGGGCUCCGUGGUGCUGGAAAAGGCCAAAGUUGUUGAGCCCCUGGACUAUGAGAAUGUUGUCACCCAAAGAAAAACUCAGAUUUACAGUGACCCUCUCCGAGACCUGCUGAUGUUUCCAAUGGAAGAUAUAUCUAUUUCAGUGAUAGGUCGCCAACGCAGAACAGUACAGUCUACUGUGCCAGAAGAUGCUGAAAAGAAGGCCCAGAGUUUAUUUGUCAAAGAGUGUAUUAAAACCUAUAGCACAGAUUGGCAUGUGGUAAACUACAAGUAUGAAGACUUCUCUGGAGACUUUAGAAUGUUGCCAUGCAAAUCUCUGAGACCAGAAAAGAUUCCUAAUCAUGUAUUUGAGAUCGAUGAGGACUGUGACAAAGAUGAGGACUCAUCUUCGUUAUGUUCUCAGAAGGGUGGUGUGAUCAAACAAGGCUGGUUGCACAAAGCGAAUGUCAAUAGCACCAUCACGGUUACCAUGAAGGUAUUCAAGAGACGCUAUUUUUACUUGACUCAACUUCCUGAUGGUUCAUAUAUUCUUAAUUCCUAUAAAGAUGAGAAAAAUUCAAAAGAAUCUAAAGGUUGCAUCUACUUGGAUGCCUGCAUUGAUGUUGUUCAGUGCCCCAAAAUGCGCCGUCAUGCUUUUGAACUCAAGAUGUUAGAUAAGUAUAGCCAUUAUCUGGCUGCUGAAACUGAGCAGGAAAUGGAGGAAUGGUUGAUAACUUUGAAAAAGAUUAUUCAGAUCAAUACCGACAGUUUAGUACAAGAGAAAAAGGAGACAGUAGACACGGUACAAGAUGAUGACACGAGCAGUCAAGGAAAAGCUGAGAAUAUCAUGGCUAGUUUGGAGAGGAGUAUGCAUCCAGAGUUGAUGAAGUAUGGAAGAGAAACUGAACAGCUAAACAAACUCAGUAGAGGAGAUGGAAGACAGAAUCUCUUUUCUUUUGACUCGGAAGUUCAGAGAUUGGACUUUUCAGGAAUUGAACCUGAUAUAAAGCCAUUUGAAGAAAAAUGCAACAAGCGUUUCCUGGUAAAUUGCCAUGAUUUAACUUUCAAUAUCUUGGGUCAAAUUGGAGACAAUGCCAAAGGACCAUCCACCAAUGUGGAGCCCUUUUUCAUCAAUCUUGCCUUAUUUGAUGUAAAGAACAAUUGCAAGAUUUCUGCUGACUUUCAUGUAGACCUGAAUCCCCCAUCAGUCCGUGAAAUGCUGUGGGGCUCUUCAACUCAUUUGGCUGGUGAUGGAAAUGCAAAGGGCUCUUCACCGGAAUCUUUCAUUCAUGGAAUUGCUGAGUCUCAGUUACGCUACAUAAAGCAGGGAAUUUUCUCAGUGACAAAUCCACAUCCUGAAAUUUUUCUAGUUGCCAGAAUUGAAAAGGUGCUACAGGGAAAUAUUACACACUGUGCAGAACCCUACAUCAAAAAUUCAGACCCAGUAAAGACAGCCCAGAAGGUACACAGGACAGCUAAACAAGUGUGUAGCCGCCUUGGACAAUACAGAAUGCCCUUUGCUUGGGCUGCAAGACCCAUUUUCAAAGAUAUUCAAGGCUCUCUGGAUCUUGAUGGAAGAUUUUCCCCUUUGUAUAAACAAGAUAGUAGCAAGCUUUCAAAUGAAGACAUUCUCAAAUUGCUCUCAGAAUACAAAAAGCCAGAAAAAACCAAAUUGCAGAUUAUUCCUGGACAGCUAAACAUCACAGUAGAAUGUGUUCCUGUGGAUUUAUCAAAUUGCAUCACAUCUUCAUAUGUGCCCCUGAAGCCUUUUGAAAAGAACUGUCAAAAUAUUGCUGUGGAGGUUGAAGAGUUUGUUCCAGAAAUGACAAAAUAUUGCUAUCCAUUUACUGUUUACAAAAACCAUCUGUAUGUAUAUCCCUUGCAAUUAAAAUAUGAUAGCCAGAAGACAUUUGCCAAGGCGAGGAAUAUUGCCGUCUGCGUGGAAUUCCGGGAUUCAGAUGAAAGUGAUGCUUGUGCUCUAAAGUGUAUUUAUGGUAAACCUGCAGGGUCUGUUUUCACGACAAACGCUUAUGCCGUUGUCUCGCAUCAUAACCAAAACCCAGAGUUCUACGAUGAGAUGAAAAUUGAGCUUCCUAUUCACCUGCAUCAAAAACAUCAUUUGCUUUUCACAUUUUAUCAUGUGAGUUGUGAAAUCAACACAAAGGGAACAACCAAAAAGCAGGACACCGUUGAAACACCAGUUGGCUUCGCCUGGGUGCCUUUACUGAAGGAUGGUAGAAUCAUCACACUUGAGCAGCAGCUGCCAGUUUCGGCUAAUCUUCCCCCAGGCUACUUGAACGUGAACGAGCCAGAAUCAAGAAGGCAAUCAAAUGUAGAUAUUAAAUGGGUAGAUGGUGCCAAGCCAUUGUUGAAGAUUAGAAGCCACUUAGAGUCUACUGUGUAUACUCAGGAUCUGCAUGUGCACAAAUUCUUCCAUCAUUGCCAGCUGAUUCAGUCAGGAUCCAAACAAGUUCCAGGCGAGCUCAUUAAAUAUUUGAAGUGUUUGCAUGCCAUGGAGAUCCAAGUCAUGAUACAGUUUCUACCUGUAAUUCUUAUGCAACUCUUUCGAGUACUUACAAACAUGACCCAUGAAGAUGAUGUUCCUAUCAACUGCACCAUGGUCCUUUUACAUAUCGUAUCAAAAUGCCAUGAAGAAGGCUUGGAGAGUUAUUUAAGAUCCUUCAUCAAGUAUAGUUUCCGACCUGAAAAACCAAGUGCUCCUCAGUCACAGCUGAUACACGAAACUCUGGCUACUACUAUGAUAGCAAUAUUGAAACAGUCUGCAGAUUUUUUAGCAAUAAACAAACUGCUAAAGUACUCCUGGUUUUUCUUUGAAAUAAUUGCAAAGUCUAUGGCCACAUACUUGCUGGAAGAGAAUAAAAUUAAGCUUCCCAGAGGCCAGAGAUUUCCAGAAGCAUUUCAUCAUGUCUUACAUUCAUUGCUUCUUGCAAUAAUUCCCCAUGUGACUAUUCGCUAUGCAGAGAUUCCUGAAGAGUCCAGAAAUGUCAAUUAUAGUUUGGCGAGCUUUCUGAAGCGCUGUUUGACUCUAAUGGAUAGAGGAUUCGUUUUCAAUCUGAUAAAUGACUAUGUAUCUGGAUUCAGUCCCAAAGAUCCUAAGGUUUUGGCAGAAUACAAGUUUGAAUUUCUGCAAACCAUUUGCAACCAUGAACAUUACAUUCCUCUGAACUUGCCAAUGGCAUUUGGAAAACCUAAAUUGCAGAGAGUUCAAGAUUCCAGCCUUGAAUACAGUUUAUCAGAUGAGUAUUGCAAGCAUCACUUCCUGGUUGGUCUACUUUUGAGGGAAACCUCCAUUGCUCUUCAAGACAAUUAUGAAAUCAGAUAUACGGCUAUCUCUGUUGUAAAGAAUCUUUUGAUAAAGCAUGCAUUUGACACUAGGUACCAACACAAGAACCAACAAGCAAAAAUAGCACAACUGUACCUCCCAUUUGUUGGACUGCUUUUGGAAAAUAUACAGCGAUUAGCAGGUCGAGACACCUUGUAUUCCUGUGCAGCCAUGCCUAAUUCUGCAUCCAGGGAUGAGUUUCCAUGUGGCUUCACUUCACCUGCGAGUAGAGGGAGUCUGAGUACUGAAAAAGAUACUGCUUAUGUGUCUUUUCCAAAUGGUCAUGGCAUGAAGAGGGAAGAUUCCAGAGGGUCCCUCAUCCCAGAAGGAGCAACAGGAUUUCCAGAUCAGGGCAACACAGUUGAAAAUGCGCGGCAGAGUUCUACAAGGAAUAGUGUCUCCCAGUAUAACCGGCUGGAUCAGUAUGAAAUCAGAAGUCUGUUGAUGUGCUACCUAUACAUAGUAAAAAUGAUAUCUGAAGAUACUCUGUUAACUUACUGGAAUAAAGUAUCUCCUCAAGAGCUCAUAAACAUUCUUGUGCUUCUAGAAGUAUGUUUGUUUCACUUUAGAUAUAUGGGGAAAAGAAACAUAGCAAGGGUGCAUGAUGCUUGGCUUUCAAAACACUUAGGGAUAGACCGAAAAUCACAAACUAUGCCAGCUCUUCGAAGCAGAUCAGGAAUCAUGCAGGCCCGGCUUCAGCAUCUCAGUAGCCUGGAAAGUUCAUUUACACUGAAUCACAGUUCUGCAACAACGGAAGCAGAUAUUUUCCACCAGGCACUUCUUGAAGGCAAUACUGCUACAGAAGUUUCCCUUACAGUACUAGAUACCAUAUCAUUUUUCACCCAGUGCUUCAAGAGUCAACUUUUAAAUAAUGAUGGCCACAACCCAUUAAUGAAAAAGGUAUUUGACAUUCAUCUGGCAUUUCUUAAAAACGGACAGUCUGAAGUGUCACUGAAACAUGUAUUUGCCUCUCUGCGAGCUUUUAUCAGUAAGUUUCCAUCAGCCUUCUUCAAAGGUAGAGUAAACAUGUGUGCUGCAUUUUGCUAUGAAGUUUUAAAGUGUUGCACCUCAAAAAUUAGCUCAACCAGAAAUGAGGCCUCGGCACUUUUGUAUCUUCUGAUGAGAAACAACUUUGAGUACACCAAAAGGAAAACCUUCUUGAGGACGCACCUACAGAUAAUCAUUGCUGUAAGCCAGCUGAUAGCUGAUGUUGCACUAAGUGGAGGAUCGAGAUUUCAGGAGUCUUUAUUCAUUAUCAAUAAUUUUGCAAAUAGUGACAGACCUAUGAAGGCAACUGCUUUUCCCACAGAAGUCAAAGAUUUGACCAAGAGAAUCCGUACUGUUCUUAUGGCUACUGCCCAAAUGAAGGAACAUGAGAAAGACCCUGAAAUGCUAAUUGAUCUCCAAUAUAGUCUAGCAAAGUCCUAUGCAAGCACUCCAGAGCUCAGAAAGACCUGGCUUGAUAGCAUGGCCAAGAUUCAUGUAAAAAAUGGAGAUUUUUCAGAGGCUGCGAUGUGUUAUGUCCAUGUAGCAGCCCUGGUGGCAGAAUUUCUACAUCGAAAAAAACUAUUCCCUAAUGGAUGUUCAGCCUUCAAGAAAAUUACUCCCAAUAUAGAUGAAGAAGGAGCAAUGAAAGAAGAUGCUGGGAUGAUGGAUGUUCAUUAUAGUGAAGAAGUUUUGCUGGAGCUACUAGAACAAUGUGUUGAUGGCUUAUGGAAGGCGGAACGUUAUGAAGUCAUUUCUGAGAUUUCCAAGUUGAUCAUUCCAAUUUAUGAGAAACGUCGUGAGUUUGAGAAACUUACUCAAGUUUAUAGAACUCUUCAUGGAGCUUAUACAAAAAUCCUGGAGGUUAUGCAUACUAAGAAGAGACUUUUAGGUACUUUCUUCCGAGUUGCCUUUUAUGGCCAAGCUUUUUUUGAAGAGGAGGAUGGAAAGGAGUACAUCUACAAAGAGCCCAAGCUCACUGGCCUCUCAGAGAUUUCCUUGAGACUUGUUAAACUCUAUGGUGAAAAAUUUGGUACAGAGAAUGUCAAAAUAAUUCAAGAUUCAGACAAGGUAAAUGCCAAAGAGCUUGAUCCAAAAUAUGCUCAUAUACAAGUCACUUAUGUGAAGCCCUACUUUGAUGAGAAAGAGCUCACAGAAAGAAAAACUGAGUUUGAAAGAAACCAUAACAUCAACAGAUUUGUUUUUGAGGCUCCUUAUACUCUGUCGGGCAAAAAGCAAGGGUGUAUAGAAGAGCAGUGUAAACGCCGGACAAUUUUGACUACAUCAAACUCAUUCCCAUAUGUGAAGAAGAGGAUUCCUAUAAACUGUGAACAGCAGAUUAAUUUAAAACCAAUUGAUGUUGCUACUGAUGAAAUAAAAGAUAAGACUGCAGAGUUACAAAAACUGUGCUCCUCUGCUGACGUGGACAUGAUUCAGCUCCAGCUGAAACUGCAGGGCUGUGUUUCUGUACAGGUCAAUGCUGGUCCAUUGGCAUAUGCAAGGGCUUUCUUAAACGACAGUCAAGCCAGCAAGUAUCCACCUAAGAAAGUGAAUGAGUUGAAAGACAUGUUUAGGAAAUUCAUACAAGCAUGCAGCAUUGCGCUGGAACUAAAUGAGCGGCUAAUUAAAGAGGAUCAAAUUGAAUAUCAUGAAGGUCUGAAGUCAAAUUUCAGAGACAUGGUAAAAGAAUUGUCUGAAAUUAUCCAUGAGCAGAUAUUACAAGAAGAUACGAUGCACUCUCCUUGGAUGAAUAACACGUUACAUGUGUUUUGUGCAAUUAGUGGCACAUCAAGUGACAGAAGUUAUGGCUCUCCAAGAUUCACUGAAGUAUGAGGAAAAGCAUAUGUAAAUGACAAUGAGCCUGACCUUUCUCAGGAAUAUUUGGAGCUGUGGAAAUAUUAAAAUUAAAAGAUUUGAUACACACGUAGUUGUUCUUCCUGACACCAAAAUUUUCAUGCUUUCCAACAGGGUGCUUACAUAUUUGUAAAUAUUUAAGCAACUUGAAAGUGCCUGGAAAAUUGCACCACUGUGCUUGGUUUAUACUUUUUUAAGGUAAAUCUAUAUGCUGAUUGGUAGAGCUGAAACAUUAAUUCAGUGUGCUUAAGUAUUGCUUAAAAUAAAAAUGCUACUAUGUAAAAUUGUAUAAUGGAACACAAUAAAAGGUCAUUUGUAAUUCGAA